ACAAAGUGAACUCUUAAAAUAUAAAACAAAUAAAUAAAAUGACAACAAAAGCAGCACAGACCGCUGCACCAUGUAAAUGGUAUCAUCACCUGGACGCUUUGUUUGGACUCAGUAAUGCAACAGUGAAAGGCUCAUUCAUAGCGUUGAGUCAACAGAUGAUGUGGUGUAAGUAUAAGUAUAAUUAGAAAUGUCAAUAAUAUCAAUUGUGGCCAUCUUUCUUUGCACAUUAAAGGUGCAGUGCGUCAAAUGUGGUGAGCGACGCAUGCAGUGUCACCACCGCGUUGCAGUCAUCAUACGUCCAUCGAUACCAAAAACAUCCUCAAACCAUCACAGGAUGCCAAUCCACGCGAGAUCUCUGCUCACAUACAUGUCUUUAUUGUUUUGAAGGACUUAAAAUAAAAGAACAACAUUAGCAUUGGCGUUUUAAUUGAUUAUAUUGCAUUAAAUGGACGCCCAAGCAAAGAAGGGAAUUACAAACAAGUGAUUUAUAUCAUGCCUUUUUAAUAUGAUCAUUAACUACAUCUAUUUCCUUUCUUUCUCUUUUUUUUUUGGCAUUACAGCACUUAUUUGUCCAAUCUGCAAUUUUCAAAAUAAAGGUCUUAAAAGCAUAUCACCACAUGUGCCUGAUUGAUAAACAUUAUGCAAGAGAAUUGGUGUUGACAUGAUAUUAAAACAAAAACAAUGUGAUCAAUGUUUGCAGCUGAAUAAAAGUAGACUUGUGUUAAAUGAUGAAAAGUAAUGCACAUUAAUAUGUUUUAUCUGGCAUUAAUGGGUGACAUACUGUUGUUCUUAUGAUAAUAAUAAUAAUAAUAAUAAUGAUGCUGUACAUCACAUUGGCCUUUAUACGCUUCAUACAGUCCCAUUCUUCAAAAAGAAAAUAGAAUUAGAGGAAUAAUACAUGAUUGGACAUCAGGAGCCAUGGUUUUAAAGUUACAACCUCAUUACCCCUCAUAUUGAGGCUGUAUAACCUUAAACCCACAAACAGAAGGUUGGGCUGGGAUGAAAUGUUCUUGUUUUCCCAUGUGCACUGAGGCGUGAUUUUCAAGGUAAAUGUUCUUUUUCCAACAUGGAAUAGGUCUUUGUUGUUUGCCAAGAGGUAAAGAGGCGGAAAAGUGAGGAGGAUCUGAACUGGUUUCCAUGUCAAACACUUCAAUUCACCAUAGAAACCCAGAUCUUAACGUGGAAACUUUAUUAAACUGUGAUGGUGGAUUGAUAAGGGCCGAAUUUCUAUCGGCCUCUUUUUAUUGUGGGCACCAGGCGGGCUGACAGAGGUAAAUUGCUCUUUUAAUUAAAGCAAUGCACCAGGGGAAAUUGCUGUCUGAAUAUUGUCUCAGAGAUGGGGGCCAGUGACAGUUGCCUGGAAACUUCAAUCUGUCCCCCGCAUUUAUUCCAGAUCACAGUUAUGAGAUAAACUUUAAUAAAAAUCGUUUCCUCCGCCGCCAACGAAAUGAAAUCCAACCCUUUCUGAACAAGGGAACACAAUGAGGCAGGACUGCGGAGGAAACCUCAUGUUCAGCAUGUAUCUCUCAGAUCCAACAGAAAAUCUGUUGAAAGAAAGCAAAGGGACAUCAUGGGGUCCUAUAAAUACAGGAGUACAAAAAGGCAGCGGACAGAUCCAGCUGUGGCAGUUCCUGCUGGAGCUGCUCUCUGACAGCUCCAACAUGUCGUGCAUCGCCUGGGAAGGAACCAACGGUGAGUUCAAGCUCAUCGACCCGGACGAGGUGGCCCGGCGCUGGGGGGAACGCAAGAGUAAACCCAACAUGAACUACGACAAGCUGAGCCGGGCGCUGCGCUACUACUACGACAAGAACAUCAUGACCAAAGUCCACGGCAAGAGAUACGCGUAUAAGUUCGAUUUCCACGGCUUGGCGCAGGUGUGCCAGCCGUCCACGACGGAACAGGCCAUCUAUAAGUUUCAGGGUAACUUCUCCCCGAUUCCGUUCUCCGGGAUUUCAAAACUGAACCUCAUGGCUCCCGGCGUGGGGCCGUCGGGUUUCUCCUACUGGCCCGGAUCCCCAACCACGGCUCUGUACCACAGCCACAACCUGCAGCCUCCGGGGGCCUUCGGCACCGUGUCCCCGUCCCACAUCAGCUGCGUCAACAACAUCAACAGCCUGAGCAACGUCAGCAGCCACUACAACUGACUCUUAACGCACUGUUUUACCCGUGGAAUUGAAGCGCCGACGUGCGCCACGCACGAGAGGAGAGGUGACACACGCGGGUGGAGGAACACCGAAGGGGAAAAUACGGUCCACACGCAAACCCACCCAAAUUUUCUUAUAAAUAAAUAAAUAACAUACAAAUAACGGAUGUUGCUCUUAAUGUAUAAUUGGCCCCUGAGGCUAAAACGACACACGUGUGUGUACCUAGAUAGUUUUAACCUGCGGGCCAAGCUUGGCCACCACAUUUUAACUGGGAGAUUAUGAGUGCAUUAUUAUUAUUCUAAUAAUAAUAAUGUAGAUUAAGACUGAUUUACGUAAUCCCAGGGGCCGCUGUAUUACGUACGCUUCAUCAAUCGGUUAAAAUUACAGCUCAGAAUUCCACCUGCAAAUUGCGUAAAUGAAUAAAUAAUACGGGCAUUGUUUUUUCCUCAAAUGAGCAAAUUACAGAUUAUUAUGUUUAAUAGGUAUAGUAUUGGACACAACUAGUACGUUUUCACUGACCUAUCAACUCUCAUCCUUUGGUUCUCAUCACUUCGUUCUUCCAGAGUUUUAGUUUCUGUGUUUGCUCCAAUAACCAGCGAUUACUGGACUACAGGCGCCAUCUCGUGGUAGUUUGCACUCAAUGCCUACCAGACUUUCAUAAACUAGGGACAGCACUCAAGAGAGCGUAAACCUGUCAGUAUAUACUCUAAAAUAAUCCAAUCAUCACUUUCUUGGUUCCAACAUUCCCAGAAAACAUCACUCUUCUUUAUGAGUUAUUAUUGUUGUUCUCAGGCAAAGGAAAAUCAUACAUCACCUUAAAAGAUGAGUUAACUUUGUCAUAAAAUAAAGCAAAUUCACUUGCAAUAAAAUAAUCAAAUCAAAUAAACUAUUUGAGAUAAUAGGUAGAGGUGAAAUGUGUGUGUCAUAUAGCUCUGACGUUUCAGAAAAUGUGAAUACUCUGUAAAUACUGUAGGGCACAUGAUAAGCUCAGGCUGUUGCUUGUUUUUUGUGUGUGAGUUUGGAGUGAAUUAUAUAGUGCAUUCACUCACAAGAGAUCAUAAACUGACUGUACCAAUGGAAAAAUUAAGUAAAUAAAAACAUGUAAAAAAAAAA